AUGUGUUCAUACUUUUCCUAUUUGCCGUUCACACUAUCUGCUCAAGUGGAACGAAAAUCGACCAGGCCCUUACUGAACUGCAGAGAACUACUGGCACGAGCAAAUAAGAAAUCUCGACGUCCUGCUUAUGUUCUAGACGAGCUGAGGGUGGCGAUAUCAAUGGAUGAUGUUCGGGAAGCUACAUCAAAAGUGAAAGAGUUGAUGACGAUGGAUUGUGAUGAUCCGUAUGCAGCGCUUGGAGUGACGCUUUCGAAUCUGAUGAACGGCAAGGUGGACGACGCAGCAGCC